GUGAUGGAGUCUGGUUUUCUCACGUUUAUUCUCAUUUCUUCUUUUGCAGUGUGUUCCUCUCACGCUGACACCACAGGCUGGGAUGAUGUUGUGGUGGCUCAAGAGGGCACACCUGUCACUCUGGUUUGCACUGAUACCAGUGUGAGAGGUGCCAUAACUAUUAACUGGAUGGUAAAGUCACUUGAUGACCAUGACUGGAAACUGGUUCUCUCAGUCAGUGAAAAUGAAAAGUUCUCCGGUGGUGCCUCAAAAGCGUCCAUACGACUGACCGACCCUAACUUCCAAAACACUGGGAUUUUUUCUCUGUUCAUCCAACCUGAAGCCAGUGACAGUGGUCUCUAUGUGUGUUUGAUAAAACAACAUGAGACGAAAAUACAGGAAAGGACUGUCCUACUAGCUGUCCUUACAGUCAGCAUCAGUCCCCCUGCUCCUGUCCCUCAGCGCAGCACCCUGCGACUGAUUGCCAGCGUUAACCCCAACCCUGCCGCCACAAAAAUCACCUGGACUUCACCUGGAGGCACUUCCCUGAAGACUGAGAAAAAAAAAAUUGCAGGCACGGUGGCUAAACUGCCGAUGGUCAAUAACAGUGAUGAUGGCAUCUAUGUCUGCACGGUUAAGAUCCGCACUCUUUUUGCUUUCAACGUGACCGUCAACAUUGCUGCUGACAAAGUGGCCUCAUUCGCUGAUAUAACAUAUGACGCCACAAUCUAUGCUGGCACUCAGGCUCAGCGGUCUUUCACCCUGGCCUGUCCUAAUGUUCAGGGGGACUAUGUCCGGCUGUACUGGGUUCCCCCAGACAAGGGGCACAAUCAUAUAAGGUUGGUGCACCAGUAUGACCGCUGGAGGGAUUCCACCUUACUGACCGAGCAAAGCAAGAGGCUCCAACUGGCCGGCAACCCCAAGGUUGGGAGCUUCUCCUUUCUACUCACCCCUGGCUGGAGAGAUGGCGGCCUCUAUGCUUGUGAAGUAUCCCUUAAUGACAACUUCUUCGGCCAGAGGACCCGGCUCAGUGUGCUGAAAGUUAACACCGUCCCUUAUCCCUUGAAGCUGGAGUUGGUGUGCCUGUACUCAGAGAAGUCUCAGGUUCAAAGUGUGAAAUGGAAACACCAGAAUGAGAGUCGACCACUGCGCAUGUUCAGCAAGGGCCCUGGCAACAUCGCCACAAUUCUGCCCUUACCCAUCACCUCCCACGAAGCAGGGAACUACACCUGCACAAUGGAGCUGGAAAAUGGCCAGGUCAUCCGGGCAACUGUAGCUAUCCCACCGCCCCGUGAAGUUUUUACAGAAAGCCCGCCUGGCCCCUCCAUGCUCCCCUCUCUGUCUGCUUUAUUACUUCUGGUGCCCCUGGUUGCAGCAGCUGUCGGUGUGUUGCUAUGGAGACAGAAACACAAUUCUGGUCAUGGUGUUGAGCAGUCUCUGUCUGUCCACGUGAGUGACGCAGGGAACAUUUAUGAGAAUCCUGAGGAUAUCAGACAGGCUCCUCCCCAGGGUUCGGUCUACAUGGAUUUGAAGCCAAGAGGCGAGGAUGAUGUCUAUAAGGAACUGGAGCGAUACGAGCAAUGUCAGGGCUGAUCACCUCCCCACAUCUCAUCCUCAUCCAGCUGUCACAUCCGCUCAGUUCCCAGCUGCAGCAGAAGGCCUUUAUAAACAGAAGUAACAACUGAAACUCAGAGUUAAGACUAACUUCAGUGCUUCAGGGAAAUGCUGUUCAGUUGUUUUAAUGUUUUUGUUCUUCUUGUUUUAUUCCUAUUGCUCUUUUCAAGUCAUGAAGAAGAAACUGUUAUCUCAUGAGGUUCUAAAAUUGUCCCAUGUGUGCUACUUAAUAGGCUGUUGUCUUUUCACAGGUGUAUAUAAACACUUGGUAUUGUGCCUCUUGUAUUUUACUUCUAUGUAUAUCUAUUUCUAAGUAUCGAUAUUUUAAAUAAACAUUUAGCUUGUUGUGUA